AUCCAAUGUCAUCCAAUCCAAAAUUCCCUCGCUCGCUCUCGCCACUCGCAUCCAUUUGUGUAAAUAUUUGUGUGUUGAAUGUAUACACGCCUGAUCCUUUUGUCGAGGGUGUGUUUAAGGGCUCGGAAUCAGUGCUGCCCUAGAAAAUUCAAGACAAAGCAUGGCUGAUGAAGUUGUAAUCAUGGGGAAGUUAGAAUGCUUGAAAGAAAUAAGGGGACGAACAGUGCAGAUGGAAAAACUGAAGUCUCGCCUACGCACAGAAGUAGAAUCAACCGAGAACGAAGAGCGUUGUCUGCAAGAGUACAGACACGAGAUGGAACUACUCUUGCAGGAGAAAAUGGCUCACGUCGAAGAACUGCGACAAAUCCACGCAGAUAUCAAUGUGAUGGAGACUGUGAUAAAGCAGUCAGAGGAAGAACGAAACCGUCACCUUGAUGGAGCAAAGCAGCUUCAUCAUGAAUACAAACCAGUGAAGGAGCUUGUAGAUCGACUCAGGCUUGAGAUCGGCCUUCCCAAGCUGCCUGAACUGCACGAAGAAGAUCGCACUUUCAAGCCAGAGUUUUUUGAGAAGCAGAAAACGGAAUGGCAGCACACACACAGCGGUGGAGGUGGAGGAGAAGUGCCCGAAGCGGCCCUGCCCCCGUCCCUUGCCUUAGCAGUGCAGCAGCUGGGGCCCGCUGGACGGAGCAAGGCCCUUGCCGAGCGUCCUCAGCCCUCUGCUUUCAGGCAGCAGCCACCCCCCAUGAAGGCAUGCUUGUCUUGCCAUCAGCAGAUCCAUCGCAAUGCCCCCAUCUGUCCCCUCUGCAAGGCAAAGAGUCGUUCGAGGAAUCCGAAAAAGCCGAAACGCAAGCUCGAAGACUGAAGUAUCAUCAGGUGUAUUGCGUAUGUUUAAGUGCAAAAGGGACAUUAAGGUACAAAAAUUUCACGUAGCGUAAUGAAAGAUUACGUUGAUGCCGCAUGCGGCGUUGAUGAAGAUGCGGAAUGAAAGGGCGUAAGUUGCAGAUUGUCUCAACCAUAAGUCACGAGCUGCACAACGGGCGUCCUUUGGUGGUGUUGCCACAGGUAACAGAAUCUUUCAUUCCACGCCGAGAAAUUUUUGCGCUUUAGUGCCCCUUUAAUCUUCACGUUGUACCGUAUUUUCAUUUUGUACAGCUUUUCCUACUUCUAAGGAAAUGCCAUUUCAUAAUGUAGCUGAAAGUUGAUGCUGUCAUAAUCCAGCACGUGCUGCACAUAAUAAUGCAAGUUUGGAACGCAUUCUCCACAGAGCAAUGCAUGUUGUAACAGUGACAUGUUUGGUGAACAGUUGUUUAGUCCCCUGUUUUGGUUGUGUGCUACUCCAGCAAGUUCUUAUCAUGUAAGCAUGUAGAUUGCUUUUCAGAGUUCACUGCUCCUCUCAUCCUGCUAUGUUGCAUCACAUAUGUAAUGUCCAAAAAUGUUAGUGUAUGGUGUUGCCUCAUGUCUAUUACAAUUGUCAUUCCUUGACAGUUCUUUCAUGUGGCCAAGCAGUUUUUAUGGCAACCCGCCACACGUAGAGUAUCUCUGUUCGGUAAUCACACGUAGCAGAGGGUGACAAGACAUCGUAAUUCUUGAUAAUGUCACACAGAUACGAGUGAGCGUCAUAACGCACAUCAUGUUGUGUUGUUUGAGAAACAUGUUUUGGAAAUUCUUUUCACUGGAACGUAUAGUCAUGCCUUGAUAAUAUAACGAUGAAAAAAUGGCUAGGAAGCAAGUGAGCUGGUGUGUUUUACAUUAUGCAUUGAUAAUAUAAUAUGUAUCCCCUCUAGAGUCAACAAUACCGUUCUGAUAUCUGUGGUGAAUUAACUGUUUUCUAACCACAUAACUCUUGGCUAUGUUGAAAAAGCCUCCGAUCAUGAGCUGUGUUACAUCAGUCAAUAUUGAAAGUAGAAUAACUAAAUUAAGUAUACUAAGGCCCGGUUUAACCACCGCUGGUUAAUUUUGAACUGGGAUUAAGGGCUGCUAAAACUUUAAGCUAGCACUCAAUUCUUCUUUACAAACCUUAGUUGUUGAUAUGAUGCUUUAGUGAAGCAGAGUUAAGUGUUAAAUUCAAGUUAAGGGACUGUUGAUCUCGUUGGUGAAACCGGGCCAAAGAGCUGCAGGUUUUAGCUCCAUGAAAUCACUAUAAUUUGGUGCAAAGGUGAACCAAUGUUUGUCAAUCAACCUCGUCCCACUUGUCUAUCGGUUUUGUAAAUUACUUGGCCUAAGAACCUUAAGCGACUAAGUUACCUAAGUGAAUGCGAAAAGGAAUAGGUAUCAAAAUAGGCGAUAAGCGACAAUUAAGGGAACAAAACGAAUAAGUGACAAGAUGCAGACAGAGAAGGCCCCUUUCUUGCUAAGUUGCAUUGCAUGUUGCAUUAGGAUGGAUGUGGCUGGUGCAAUAGUACAUUGUCCUUGGUGGAUAUGUUUGCAGUGUGCCUACCUACCGACCUUGAGGUUGUGGGUUCAGACCCUGCCGAGGGCGCUGGGAACUUGGUGGCCAGCUGCUUAACCAGUUGCUGAUACACACUGCUAAGUAGUACGAAAAAGAUUUUGGUGCACAUCAACGCAUACCAACCGCUGUGGCGUCGCUCAUGAUCAUAAUUGUCUUACGGCUUAAAACCACAAAUUAUCACAAUUAUGUUCGGCAGGAGCUUUACUAUUAAGAUCGAAUCUACUAUUUUGUGAAAGUCCCAGUAAUACAGCAAUUCUUUGUCACUAUUCCUCAGCGCUAGUUCAUUAUAUUGGAUGUUCACCGACUUGCCUAUUUUGUUACUUUGAUUUUAAAAAAUAAGCAAACUGCAAAAAGUGCUGGACAAAAGUUUAUGGAACAUGCUCCGGCGCAUCUCUUCCUCGUAACAUGCUAGCAGCGAAUGGUACCAUACGGACUUAGACAUGUGCGUAGGUAACCCAGUUACCUGUUCGCAGGUGCGUAGGGUGCCAUUCGCUGCCAGCGUGUCGCUCUCGGGAAGGAAUGCACCGGAGCGUAUUCCAUGAACUUUUGUCCAGCACUGUACAGUGACAUUAUCGCACCGAUCUCUAGUUAUGGUGAUUUGUGUGCAUGGUUGAAAUGUUGUGUAUUGUCACUGUGUCUACUUGUUAUCUGAUCUUAUUAUUAUCAGAGACUGUACCAAAGAAGGUUGAUGUGUUGCAUUCUUAAAAUGCGUGUUCUAUAGCAUUCCACUUUAUUUCCACGCAUUUCGUAAUUUAUCCGCAGCUUGGCAACUUUGACACAGUUUGCAUUUUGAGGUGUUGUGCCAUUUGACAUAUAGCAAGCUAAAAUAUACAUUCUUGUGGAAAUUUGGCUGAAUAUACUAGACUGGUGUUUUUCACCCCCUAAAAUUGGGGCAUAAAACGAUGCUUUCCCAGGCUUGACCCUAAAACACGGGGUCAUAAACCUACUGUUCCUAGGAAAUAGACGUUGGUCCUUAUUUGUGAUACAGCAAUUUCCGUUUUUACAUUGUAGAAAAGGCAGAAUAAAGUGUUUUGUGCCUCAAA